AACAAUCUUUUCAGGAAGUUUCAAGCUCGUGCAAGAUAUGGCACCAUUUCUGGCGAAAUGAAUUACGUGACGUUGAAAACGUUUAAAAUGAAAUUCACACUUUACAUACUGCUAGUUAUAUUCGCAUCAUGCUCUUGCCAGAUGAAUGACUCUGAUACUUAUUUGAGUACAUUUGUAGCUGACUUGUGGAUAGACGGAAUGGAUGUCGUGAGAAUUAUUUCGAGAGAUUGCACAAAAAAGUACAAAGGUGUGAAAGAAAUUAUUAAUAAUAAGGAAUAUUAUCCGAAGUUUGUAAGGUGUGUUAAGAGAAAGACGUUAGACGCUCUAGACCGCAGCUUGAGCCUCGACGUUGUUCCCAUCGUAGAUGGAGUGAAUUUAGUGCGUUUUGAGCUUAUCGAUCAUUCAGGAAACAUCUUACGAGAGAAUGAGACAAGUUCGUGGACUGAAAGAGAGUUGGAAGAAGACGAAUGGAAAAAUCUUGCCCUAAGACGAUUAGCGAGAGUAUUUCGCACUCAUGUUAUAAAGUUCGACUUUGAAGAUGACAACAUUAAUGAUAAAGUUGAAUACAGAGGUCGACGUCGUCAUCACAUGAUGAUCAUGAUGAUGUUUGGAAUCGUAUCCAUUGGAAUGGUCCUUAUACCUAUGGGCUUUCAAUUUCUUGCCGUGUUGGGAGGGAAGGCACUCCUCUUGGCCAAGAUGGCUCUCAUACUUGCAUCGAUACAAGGACUUAAAAAGGUAGACACUUAUGAUGGGUAUCAUGAAAGAGGGAAGAUUGCUGCAAGUCCGCUAAGCUACGGCUUCUACCAUUCCUACCCUCCUUUUGAUCAUCAUUACGAUAAAAGAAGCCGUGACGAACACACGCCAUCAACAGCAUAUCUUGAGUCACAAUUUGUAAAGAAAAAACUCAAUCAAGCUGAUGAUACAGCUGAUUUAACAAUACCAGAAUCAGAUAAAACAUUUACAAAUAUUGGGAAAGAAAUGACAAAAAAUGAAGCAAUUAUUAAAGAAGAUUUAAGACAGUAUCCAAUUUACACAGGGCUCACGUCACCCGAUAAAUUAACUUCUAUAGAUUCACAACCAACAUUAGUUGAUCUUACAACUAGACCGGGAGAAGUUCAAGUGGACUACUCGUUAGAUUUGCCCUUCAAUGGAUUUCGUUUUCAAAGUCCCACUCCUGUCGUUUCAGCUUGACGUAUUUGCAAGACUCUUCAGAGAUCUAUUCGAUGUAAUAACUAGAAUGUUUUCAUAUUUUGCACAAGUUCUGUAUCCAAACAGACAUGUUUUAUAUAAUAGUUAUUGACAAUGUUUAAUAAAUAUAUU